UGCCGCGUUCGCUCUGUCUCCACUGAGUCCGGCGACGACUAUAACUAUUCUCUCACCUUUUUCACGCGCUAAGAAUAGAAAUCGGUGCCCUUCUCUUCUUCUUCCGUGAAUAAUUUCAUAUAUGUAACCGAGGCUCUACCGACCUUUCUCGAGCGUAACCGAUGGCUCAUUUAAGGGUUUUCGUUCUUCUGCUUCUGAUCGAUCUCUCCCUCGCCAAAACCGUAAAACGAGACGUGAGAGCGUUGAAUGAGAUAAAGACUUUGCUGGGAUGGAGAGUGGUGUACUCCUGGGUCGGAGAUGAUCCUUGCGGAGACGGAGAUCUGCCUCCGUGGUCAGGUGUCACUUGCUCCACUGUCGGCGAUUAUCGUGUUAUCACCAAGCUAGAAGUGUAUGCAGUAUCGAUCGUGGGCACUUUCCCAAUGGCCGUGACGAAUCUAUUAGACCUCACUGUGCUGGAUCUGCACAACAACAAACUGAACGGACCAAUUCCUCGUCAAAUCGGGCGGCUUAAGAACCUUAAGAUACUUAACCUGAGGUGGAAUAAGCUUCAAGGUGUCCUCCCUCCUGAAAUUGGUGAAUUGAAGAGACUGACACAUCUGUACCUUAGCUUUAACAAUUUCAUAGGAGAAAUCCCCAAGGAGCUUUCAAAUCUCCCCGAGCUUCGGUAUCUACAUCUUCAUGAGAACAGAUUAACAGGACGGAUCCCACCCGAGCUGGGAAACUUACAAAACCUCCAUCACUUGGAUGCUGGAAACAACCAUUUAGUGGGUACUAUAAAAGAACUUGUAAGGUUAGAAGGAUGCUUUUCAGCUCUUCGAAACCUUUACCUGAACAAUAACUAUUUGACGGGAGGGAUCUCGUUCAAGCUUGUGAAUCUAACAAACCUAGAGAUCUUGUACUUGUCCUACAACAGAAUGACUGGAACUAUACCAUGGGAACUUGCCCAGAUACCGAGACUAACCUACUUGUACUUGGAUCACAACCAACUCAACGGGAGAAUCCCCGACGCCUUUUAUGAGCAUCCCUUCCUGAAAGAAAUGUACAUGGAAGGAAAUGGUUUCAAGCCAGAUGUGAAACCAAUCGGUGAACACAAAGGCCUCGAGCUUUCUGAUUCUGAUUUCAUAGUUUAGCCUUCAGACAGAUUACAGAAGUCCUGUUUGGUAAUAGCUAUAGUUUUUGUUCACAGGGUUCAUAUUCUUGAUUGAAUAGAAAGCAUCUUCUCGCCAAGAACGAAGAAUUAUAUCACCGUGUAUUUUUUGUUGGGAAUAUCCCAAAUAAUACCUGAAUUUUUCAAUUUUUAUAAAAUAAAACCUAAACUUUGUUUUU